AUGAAGAGGGUUGAAGAUGACGAUGAUAGUGAUAUCGAUACGGAAGAAAUAAAGGGGCAAUUGAAAACGAUGCAAGAUGCUUUGCAACGACAUUUUGGUCAUCACAAGGUCAGUGAGUGAUACGAAGUAAAGACUUUUGAAUAUUAUGCAUGUAUUUUCUUUGCGUGUACCCUGAAGCAGUACUAUCGCGCAGAAGAUGGUGUUCAGUUCAAAUAGCCUUUCUCACGCCAUUAUUUAAUUUUGGCCGGUGGCUUUUCAGCCGAAGUCAAUGCGAGAUAAGUCCACUGUCCACAUAGCAGCGACUUUUUAUAAUUUUUUGGACGAAUGAUGGUAAAUUUGCCUUGUGAAUGGUUAGUUUGUUUUGAAAAAUUGCUUUUCACAUUGCCGUUUUAAUUGUCUGCAUUGGUUAACGAGAAUUAGAUGCCACCCAAAAAUGGCGUAUAGUAUUCGUCACCGUGAGAAAGGCUAAUUGUUCAACCAGGGACUCUGGAGCCACGAUGGCAGCGGGGAGUGGGCAGCUUCGCCCGUUGCCCAAACAGUGCGUGGGCAGCAGUUUGCCGUUUAGUUUUGCAAGAACUGCUCUUCGAAAGUCGUGCGUUAUUCAUAUAAAUUGAAAUUGAGAACUGCUUCCAAGCAAUUUAGCUCGAAUUUGAAUCGGAAAUAAAAUUCCUCUCAAAAACGUUACCAAGGUUUCCAACCAUUUGAAAACGAACGUCAACAAGAAAACGGAAUAUCAUUACCUUGAUUCAGCGAACGCCUCUUUUAAGUGAAGCCGACACUUAACUAGCUUUUCAGGGCCGUCAUAGUCAGCGAAAAUAUUUUAGUGGCUCGGAUUAAAAAGUAAUAGUUGUAGCAAAAAUUUUGAUAACUUUACGAAAAUUGCCGAAAAAUUUAAGAAAUUACGGUACAUCAAUACUAAAGUGAAAAAAGGUAUGUCCGGAAAAAUUUUUUAUCCAACAAUUUUUUAUCCAACAAUUUUGGGAAAAGAAAUGUUAAUUAGCGAGUAUACUCCCUGCUUUAUCCUCUUUGCUGCGGCCCUGCUUAUUGUCAUAACAAUCAAUGGUAAAAACCAAUUUGAAGACAGUUCACUGAACACAUGGGCGUACCGGAAGGAAAAAAUUAGGGGGGCGGAAAGAAAAUUGCCCGACUUUUCGGGAUUCUGCCUGACUAAUACAAAAAAAAUUUUUCCGGAAAAAUUAUUUUGGAUACCCCCCCCGUCGCCAAAAAAAUUUCGGUCAGUGUACCAUUUUAGGGGUCAAAAAAAUUAUCCGGACAACCCAUAUUUUUUGGUGCAUAACAAAAAUUUUCGAAAAAUCACAAAAUUUGUCAAAAAAUUCACUUAAUUUUAGACAAAAUUAACAGAAUUUGUCCCAUUUUUUUUUAUUGCAAACCUAAAUUGCCCGACUGUUGAUCGAAUAUUGCCCGACUGCCCAAAAAACUGGGGGGGCUAAACCCGCCCGCCCCCCCGCCCGGUACGCCUAUGACUGAACACAUAUUUGUUUUCCACAAACAAAAAGUAUUAUACAUAUUUGUUAUGGAAUGUUUUGCAGUAUUUCUAUAUAGUACAACAUCCAUAUUAAACUGAGCAGUUCCUUACAAUUUAGUGUCUUUUAUGUUAGGACGUGGCAAGAUUGAAAAGCGAAGGUAUUUAUGGCGGGAAAAAGGAGUUUGUUGUUGUAACACCAAACCUAGCUCGAGCGACGCCCAGCGAGACCUUACUUGCCAUGCGCGAGGAGUUGGAAGCUGAGCGCAAGCGCAGAAUGGAACAGGUGGCCUCGGGUGAGGACGAAGAUUCUAGGACGACGUCAGAGGCUAAGAAAGGAGUCAAUGAGGAAUUGUUGCAUUUGUUUGCUUUCCACGAUGUAAGUAGCAACAUACAGAGAUUCAUACGUACACGCAAACACAAUGCUGAGGACAUGCAACAAGUAUGAAUUUUUAAUAAAAAGUCAUUGAAUGAGGUUUUUGUGAUAUCCAGAAGUAUCAAGGUUGAUGUAUGUGCUAUCUCGGUAAUUGAUAGUAGCUACCGAGACAAAAACUGAAUUCAUGAAUAACUGUUUUAUUGCACAUUGCAUUUCGAGAAACAAUUGCCUCCUUGGAUUAUUAGCCUUUUCCCAAAAGAGAUCACAGUGCAUUCUGGGAUCGUUUGGAGGGACAAAAUAUAUGGUGACAGGCGUCAAAUAUGUGAAAGAGUAGAAGUAUCUAAUAUCAAAUAUCAACUUUUUAGAUGGCCAAAAAUGAAAUAUCUCCUUUUUACAUUACACUUUUAAUUUAAAUGUGUGCUGCCAUAUUUCUUGUCCCUUAACAUGGGAUUCUCGCGACUAGACCCAGGACUUUGGGAAAUGGCUAAUUGUGUUUCAUUAUUGCGUCGUUAACCUUGGCCUUGGCUAUUCCUCCAGUCUAAUUAGCUACACGUUCAAGGGUGGGUAGUAGCGAAGUAGUUGUAGUUCGCUACUGUAGCGAACUACAAUUUUCAAGUAGCCAGUAAUUUUUGACUACUUUUUUAAAACAGUAUUGUAGUUGUAGCGAACUACAUUUUGCCUAAAAGUAGCCAAAUAGUCGACUACUUUUCAAACAGUGAAUGGCUAUUCGCUAUUUUUUAAAAUUGUUAGCAACCGUUCAUAGAAUAGAAUGAUGAUAAGACACGGUUUGCUUAAAAGAUUAUUUUAUACAGUAAAGAUUAUUUUAGCGCAAUGAAAAGUGGCACUCCUGAACACUGUAGUGCUUAUAAAAAUGUUGCUUUGAGCCUUUUUGUUUACUGUUUCUACCCGUAAGUCGAUUUGUUAUAGGUUACUGAUUACAGCCUGAGCUAGUGGAUGCUCCAAAUACCGUAAAACUAAAAAAUAUAGAGCAGCGAAAUAGCGAAAUAGUUCGCUACAUUUUUUAAGCAGUAGCUGUAGUCUGUAGCGAACUACCUUUGUUCACUUCAAAAGUAGCAGUAGUUUAGUGUAGCUGACUACAUAUUUUUGCAGUAGCUGUAGUCUGUAGCGAACUACCUUUGUUCAAAAGUAGCAGUAGUUUAGUGUAGCUGACUACAUAUUUUUGCAGUAGCUGUAGUUAUAGCGAACUACAAAAAUUUUGUAGUCAACCCACUCUUGCAUCUUAAGUGAUCUUUACAAUGCAAUCAUAAACAUUUGGAGUGAAAUUUCGUGUCAUAGGCACUUUAAGAAUCUUACGUUUUGUCAUAUCGGUGUUGAAGAUUACCACAAACUGAUACAAACACAGUUUUUAAUCCAGUCCCUCCUCGGCAAUCCGACCUCCGUGUUGACAAAAAACAUCGCUUGCUUUAGCUCGCUAAUAACCACAUUCUUUUGCAGUCGAAAUAUCAAACGGAAUCCGAACAAACUCGCCAGAAAGUCGAAGAAGCAAAAGAUAUCAUGCACGCAGAAUUAUUGCGAAGAUCCGCGCAGAAAACCGUUGAUGCGGAAGUGGAAAAAGAGCGAAAACGGAAAUUGGAAGAACUGGAAAAAAUGAUGAGAGGGGAAGGGGAGAACGAAAUGGAAAUUGCUAAAACAAGUGAAAAUUUAUCUAAAGUUCAAAAUGAUCUGAAGAAUGCGUUUAAAAUUGCUACAGUGAGUAUUCGAUAUCAUCAGAAAAUAUAUUAAAAUUACAACAUUUUAACUAAAAUUGUAAUUACGCUCAGUGGCGUACGUAACGGAGGAAGAGGGGGCCCUUAGGCAUAUUUGGUGUGGGGGUCCCUGUUGACCGUUGUCAUUGUUUGACUGAAAUAAUAAUAUAUUUAUAUUGAAUAUUUAUAGAAUGUUCUGGAAAAUUCCGUGUCGACUGUCUAUAACAAUAACAGUCUCCGACACAUGUAAGAACUAAUAAAGAAUAACUUUUGUUUUAUUUGAGAUAGAGAAAAAACAGCUACCGUUGUCGAUGGAGGCUUUAUUAUUUAGCAUUAUUAAUUUUGCAUUUUCUCAUUGAUUCAGCUAACCUGCAUCUUUUACGUUUUCUAAUUUUCUGGGCGAUAGGCCGUGGCUGCUGGGGGCCCCUAACUGUCAGGCUGGGGCCCUUAAAUUUUUAACUAACCCUACCCAAUGAGUGUUACGCCACUGGUUGAGUUUUAAGUUGCUAAGCACGGAUGUGCUAAACUCGGCGCAGCAGAAAUGUGAGCUGAAUUACCAAGGACGCAUAGGGUGCGUUCCUUUAGUGUAAUCCGGAUUUGGAUCUUCAAAUCCGAUUAUCGAUUUUCAGUUUCAUUUAACAAAAUCUUAAAAUAGAUUCGAAUCUGAUGAUCCACCUCAACAUAUGGAUUUUUCGGAUUCAAUCUGAAUCUUGAUUAGGAUUCAACGUUCCUUUUGAGCUUCUGGCCUUCUAGCAUGCAUGUACCUUGACCCGACCCGCAAUGUAUAAUGGGACAGAAAACUUAUUGUAAAAAUAUAUGGCGGGAAAACAGCAGGCGAGUUCCGAUUCUCACAAUUCGUUCCAUUUGUUUAACGAAUCCAAAGAAUCCAAAACCUAAAAAUCCAAAUCUAGAUUUACAAAAGAAACGCUCCUAUACUGAGUACUUCUUUCGUCAAUCUGUUCAAGUCGAAAGCUUCCUAAGGAGCUGUUUACAUGACAAAUAUAUUUUUCGGAACUUUCGGAGAUGGAAUAAGUUUACAAAGAAAAAUGAUGCAUGAAUUGCCGUCGAAAGGCCGCGAUUAAAACUUGGUUAAUUAACUUUGGAUGAAGUUUGAUGAAGCCUGCUUGGCAGGCACCAGAGAGAUGAGAAAUUAGCACAAAAGCAAAAGUUUGUCUUGUAUUGCCGGCACAUACUACUGAUUCGUUGAUGGAGGCAGCAGUAUUCGAGUGCUCCCUGGUAUUGACAAGUUUCCAUGUUUUACAGAAAAGCAAAGAAAACAAGAGUGUCGCUACAAAGAAGAAAAGUGAAGACAGCAAAGAACAACUCUUGCAGACCAUCCGUCGCCAUUCCGCAGUUUCCUCCGUGAAAGAGAUGUCCAGUAAAGAACAACAGCAGAGGAUUGCAGAGUAUGACGAGCGCAUGCGCGGUAUGAUGAGCGAUAACUCACGCGAUCUCUUGGUCAAUGUUCAAGAACAGUUGUUGGGGUUAUUUUCAAAACUGAAGGUUAGUUUUGGUCGUUAUAACCUCUUGUCUAUUAUCACUGAUAAUAAUGAACGGAACUGAAAUUAUUCUGCACAUGGGAUAUUUGUAGCUGGAUAUUUUUGAACGAAAAUUUAUAGACCUAACCGGAAACAUCUGCGAAAAAUGCAACUAUAAGCCCUCGGGCUGGAAUCGAACCUAUGAUUCCGGUUCAGCGCUUUGACUGAGCUAGAUCGAGCUAUAAUCUAGUUGUUUUGACUACCACAACUUCUUGUAUUAUAGUAGUGUUAGGAAUCCGUCAUAUACUAAUUCAAACAACGUCGAUCGUAUUUUAUGUGCUGCGUCCAGGGCGGUAACUACACGCGAUAAUUGGGGGGGGGGGAGGUGCAUAUUCAUAUAUUCGGGUUCUGCCCGACGGAUUUCGUUUGAAAGCGAUUGUUUUUACGGUAUGUGAACAUGAAUAUAUGAAUAUACACGCCCCACCCCCACCCCCAGCGACCGAAGUUUUACUUGUAACCGUUGGGAAAAUUUCAUCAGUUUGAACAUCAAUUGUAGAGCAUGGUGGGCGAUCAUUGCGAUUCUUGUUAGCACUGUUGGUCUUCAAUUUUCAGUAACCUAUUGUUCACUAACAUACCGUCAUUUCCCUGAAAAGUUAAAGUUGAAAUCUUUUAACAAUACCAAGUUAUUCCUGUGCGGCCACGUUGACUAAUAGACAAUACAGUUUAAACAAAUUUUUUUAGUAUCAAAACUUUUCAACCAUCUAAAUCUCGAUGGUAUACUAUCGUAUGUUAGGUGUUCCAAUAACUGCAUGGCAUCUUCUAUUUCUGCUUCAUCAGAAGAAAUACUUUCGCAAAGCUCACAGAAGCACGUCCUUUCGCCAUCACUGGCGAUACGAAAAAAUGUAUACACUCCGGUAUACAGCCCGCUGCGGAGUAGUGUAGGACCAUAGUGAGGUUUGUUUUUAAUUUUUUCCCCACAGAGAGAUAAAGACGUGGAAAAAGUUAUGAAGAUGGACCAGACUAAAGAAAACAAAGCGCGGAUGCAAGAAGAGUUAAUUCGUACAGCUUCUAGUAAGAUCGCAGAUCGCGAGGCAAAUGCGGAACGCGCUCGACGUAUAAAGGAGGAUAAAAAACGAGAUGAGGACGUUGAGCGACAGGAAACUGUCGAGUUGUUGUUGAAUGUCCAGAAACAGUUAUUGGACACCUGUGGCCAUCUGCAGGUGGGUAAUGUUCCGAUCUCGUUCCCAUGCUGUUCCUUCUUGUGGAGUUCAGUUGGGCAUUGUAGAGGAAAUCUCAAAAUAAGGCAUUUAAGGCUGAGUUUCAGUUUUACUGUUUCAUAUGAUGUGGAAUUAGUUACCAGUAAUCAUAAAAGUUACCAGUUACCCAUAAAAAAUAAUGUUUUUUAUAACUAGUUAAAAAGUUACCUUCAAUUCAAGGACGGAUUUUCUGGGGGGUGCGAGGGGGGGAGGGGGUGCGCACCCCCAAAAUUUUUUUCCCUCCCCUCCCCCCGGAGAAAUUGUGCAACACUCCAACAAAAAUGUGCACCCCCCUGUCCCUGCCAAAAUUUAAAUGUACUAAAUUAAUCUACCGUCAAGUAAGAUAGAAAUAUUAAAAUUAACAUGUUUCUAUAUACGCUUUUUUUCAGCAAAUUAACGUAAAAGUAAAACACACUUACAAAAAAUAAGUUCACGUGCUCAUCGGCACCACGCGUUUUCACAUUGGAUUCAGACAGGUUUGACAGGUUUACAUAAACCUGUCAGAUUUUCCAAAGAAAGAACUGAUCUAUAACCUUCCAUGUAUAUAACUAAUUUAAAGAAUAUUCUGUUGCAUAAAACUGAUGUUGUCUAAUCUAUUAUUGAAAUUUGAUUAUGGACUACCGAGCGUAUUUAGACCCACUGAUCAUUGCUUUGGCGAUUGAGAGUGAAGAAAUGAUUGCGAAAGAUCGGACGCUCUUGCAGUUUGGUUUUUAGUUCGUCGUUAGAGUUGGAUUGAAAACGUGUAGAUCUAAAUCGAUGUGUCCGCAAUUAGCGGAUAGCAUAUUUUUAUCACUAGGCACUAGCUAAUACGCUUCGAAAAAGGUUCAACUCAUUGUUUCAGCUGCGUAUUAGUCAAAAAUUAACUUAAAAGCAUGCAUUUUCUAAUCAUAAAAUUAAUUUCAAAAGUGACGCCAGAACGCAGGGAAUGUUGUUUCAGAGCCCAAAUUUUAAAUUUUUUCCUGGGGGAGGCAUGCCCCCGCCCCCCCCCCUAUUAGUUGGGUGAACCUAGUAAACCAGUAAUCAAAAACCCUGGAUCCGCCCCGGCACAUGAUCAUCACCACCCCACCCCACCCUGAAAUUUUUGCACCCCCCAGAGAAAAAUAUGAAAAUCCGCUCUUGCUUCAAUUUGUUCUUUAAAGUUACAUUUGCAGGUUUUACUAUUAAUAACUACAUUGACAGUGAAUUGGAGUAAAUCACUAUAAAGAAUAGGCUAAUCCAACUGCAAGCCAGUAAAUGAUAGGGCCUUAUUGUAUAUAUGUACAGUGAAUCAGUUUAUCCACGGCCGCAUUAAACACAAUAAUAUAGUUUAAAGGAUAAACGAAUUAGAAAGUACCAUAUUUUAACAAUUAAAAUGUAACGAAAAAACGUAAUCGUUUGUUAGAAAGGUAACGCGUUAUCCUCGGUAAUUAGACAGAUUUAGAUCGAGGACGCGAACGUCAAAGACGACGUGAAAAUGGCGUCAAUAUGGCGUGGCAUAUCCAUACAUGGGCACAACACGUCAUUUUCACGUCGUCUUUGACGUCCACGUCCUCGAUCUAAAUCUGUCUAAUAGUUGCAGUUACCUCUUUUCAAAACGAAGCUAUCGUUACACAGUUGUUACUUGCAACGGAGUUACUUAGGGCGCAAAAACGUCACAAAGUUAUAUUACUAACGGUGUUACAACGAAGUUACAACGGAGUUACUUAAGUUACAACGGAGUUAUCUAAGUUACAACGGAGUUAUCUAAGUUACAACGGAGUUACUUAUGGCGCAUAAAAGUCACAGAGAUGAAAAUGGAGCCUUAAUUGGCGGCUUCGUGUGAACACAAACGCCGUUACUUUUUUGUACCGCUUACAAACCAAGCAUCUCAGAUCUCAAUACAGUAAAUUGAAAUGCUUUUCGUUUAAAUUUCUUUGCCUUAUUUGAAAUAUUUUGGAUUUACAUGAGUGCUAAUUAAAUUUGUAAAAAAAACUGUAACAGCGCAGUAUGAACACAUGUAUAAAUUCUAGAUCUGCCGGCAUUAUUCCGGUGUCGGUGUGAACGUAGUCAGGCCAUGUUAUUCGGGGGUUCUUAGCGAAUUCCGUUCCCGAGUAAUUAUUUUACAAUACAGCCAACAUUUUUUAGGACUCACAUUGAUACCAGUUCUUCUGAACUGACAAGACUACCCUGGUGAAAUAAACUUUAUUUGAUUUGAUUACUUAUAAAUUCCGCGAUGACACUUUCCAGAACUGAGACAGAACACAAAUGUGUCGCUAAAUUCUCAAAACUAUUCAAAAUCUCGAAUCUUCUGUAUCUCCAAUUCUUCCUGUUCUUGCGUCCCGUGUGUGGCGUCCCGUGUGUGGCGUCCCGUGUGCGUGGAUAAACCGCGGAUGCGGACGGACGGAUGGCGGAAAUACUGAUAUGAGGGUAAAAUGCGGAUAGGAUGGUAAAAUGUAUAAAUAAGGGUAAAAUGCGAAUACGAAGGUAACACACGCACUUGUAAUGAUCACCACCUUACCUUCUAGCUCUUUUCCAACAAUGAAUUUCCCAACUCUACGCUUCUCGAGGAAAGAGCCUGGUACGAGAUUGAUACUUUCCUUGUUGUUUUUCUGUAGAAUGAAAAUCUGAAACAAAAUGCAAAGCUGGUCCAGUUUCUCAAGGCACGACAAAGUGUUCUCAGUGACAUACGGAAUCGCGGUAGUCCUGGAUGUUCAACAGCGGAUGAAAAUAGGAGAAAGUAUAAGUCCCUUUUAUUACUGACUGGCCUAUCUUAUCUUUAACCGAUUUUCCUGCGCACACAUGCACGCACAUUCGGCUCGUGUUCAUGUAAUAGCACGUGUUGUAAUAUAUUAUUGCAGGAUGGGAUAAGUUACAAUUUUUUGUCGUACUUGUCUGGUACUCCAAUCAUUAUUGUCGCGUGCUGGGACAAAUCAGUACUCAGGAGGUUCAGAGCACACUUGCAAAUACAACUGAACACUUAUACCGUCCAUGCAGUCCAACAUUCCUUAGAUCCAUCCGUCUACUGUUUCAUUAGCAAAAGUUGUUUAGGCGUUGUUUACAGCAUUAAACUGGGAAGAGGGGCUGACAAUGUUUGUUUUGUCAAUGUGCAUUAACUUUGCAAUAUUGGCUGGAACGGACUAGUCAAGGGUUAUGUCCAAGAUCGUAGCUACCUAGUCCCUAUACUUAACUACGGUUUCGAAUACCUUAAUUAGCCUUGGAAAGGUCAUAUGUAAAUAAUGUAAGUAUAGCAAGAGUUCCACAUACUUGGCUAAGAAAGAAAACCAAACUUCGGUACAUAAACAGAUUCAUCGCACGCUAAUUAAUUAUAUAUGAACCAAGCUUUAGUAGCUUAACUUCCGAUCAUGUAAAGUUCGAAUUCUUCACAGUUCUUACUUCGUUAGGAUUGUAAAUUGUGGAACUAUUUAUGUAAAUCUGUUCCUUCCAACUGCUGCGACACUUUCCCCACCUUUAAAUCAUACCUACACAAGACUUACCUCCACCUAACUGCUAAUGCAUCACUCCUGACUUACCUAGCUCACACUCAUUCAUCACGACUAACUAAUAUCUUCCAGGUCAUUCAUUUUAUACCAUUUUUCUCUUCUGUGCUUCUAGUUUUCCAUUCCGCACCUUCCACUUUUCUAUUCCAGUAUAUUUUUCUUGCACUUCUACCGAGUGUCCCCCCAAAAACUGGACACUGUUUGAUUUCAUGUAACGUAUAGAAAAGCUAUCGCAAUGAAAUCAAGAUCAUUGCAUUCAGAAAGGACUAACUUAGAUUUUGAUAUAGAACACUUGAAUUUACAUGCAAUAUUGAGCGAGAUACAACCAAAAUAAAAUUACUUAUUAUUUAACAAGUAUAACUACAUCGGUAAUUAUAAGGUUGUUUUAUGCUAGUUUUUGGCAUUUUCAAAAACAGUAGUUCAACGUUCAAACAUCAAUAGACAAUAGCGCAGUCAAUAUUGGAUGUAAAUUCAAGUGCUCAUAGGCCUAUACAGGUGUCCCAAAAAACCCGAAAACUAUUGAAAUCACCAAUAACAAUUUAGUUGUUAGAAUUUGAAUGCCUAAGCACUCUGUUGGUUCCCACGAGUGCAUAAAUGAUUGACAUAAGUAAAUUUUAUGCAUAUAAGGAGACUAUUUAAGAAGCUGCUUUAAAUUCCCAAGAGCAAAAAAUCGCGCACUUUACAAGGAGAUGUUCUUAACUAAAUUUUAAUACAUGCACCUUGUCAAUAUUUUACGCAUCAUUACGUUCAGCUUUUUGGUAGGGCAUUCAAUUUUAACAAUAAGUGAUUUCAAUGGUUUUCGGUUUUUUGGGGACACCCUGUACUGUAUAUCAGAAUCUAAGUUAUAGCAAGUUAUAGUCCUUUCUGAAUGCAAUGAUAUUUAUUUCAUUGCGAUAGCUUUUAUAGCUUUUACGUUACAUGAAAUCAAACAGUAAAAGUAAAUCAAUUUAACAAUGAUAUUCUCUUUAUAUAGAUCUGUAGACUUGGGUGAGUUUAACCGCGCAGAGAAAGGCCGAAAACUCUCCAUGGUCGGUGAUCUUACUGAAUUUCAGCGACAAGAGAAAGGUCGCAAGCUAUCUAUUAUUGGUGAACAGUUCGAAUUCAAGAUGCAUAGUGACAUAUAA